AUGAACAGGGCUAUUGCCCUCACAGGUGCUUCGCUUGAAAUUGCGGGCUCUCUUUCUGGUGUCCCAUUCGUUGGCGCCGCUGCGAUACUCCUGAACGAGAUUGUGGCGUGUUGUGCAGACAUCCAAGUCAAAAAGCAACAAGCCAGGCAACUAGCUAACCAAUGCGCCGGGCUACUUACUACACUGGAGGAUCACUCUUCUAAACUCACUGGAACAGAACUGCAACAAGCGGUCGACGAACUCCAACCGGUACUUGAAAAUAUUCUCAAACGCGUAAAGCAGUGGUCCCGAUAUAACCGCGUACAAUGCUUUAUUUGGAACGGGGACAUUGAGAAAGGCAUUGAUCAGUGUAAGAGCGAGCUAAGCGGGGCUCUGAGCAUCUUCAAUGUCAAUGCCCAGAUCAUAGGGAACACCCUACAACGAGAGACAAUUGAAAUCAACCGGGCCCAUACCGCAGACAUACAGGAACUCAGAGAGAUGAUCGGUAGUAUUCUAACGUCCCGUCAAGAUAUGUCUCAAGUUGUUGAGAUGCAAGCAAAUGGCGAACAUGCCGCGGAGAUUGUGAUGCAAGCCGCGCAACAUGAACUACGGGAUAUGCGUGAGGCGGCAACCUUCCAUGCAGACGCACGCUCGGAGCUGCCAAUACCCAGGAACGGCGAACGAUACCUGGAAUAUCAACGCAGCCUAAUGGAUCUCCACCGCGUCACUGGCUUACCACCUUCAGUGAAAACAUUGAGCGGUGAAAUCACCAAGGCGGGAGAUCUGGCUGUGGCUGGCGGGGCAUAUAGCGAUGUCUGGAAAGGGAAGUGGCUCGGCGAGGAAGAAGUAGCACUCAAGGCCCUUCGUAAUGUUAGAUCGUCAGAUCGUCGAGCUCGUCAGCGGUUCGAGCGAGAGAUCAAUCUAUGGGCGGAGCUAAAGCACGACCACAUAUUGCCGUUCUAUGGAAUAGUAACUAAUCUUGGGAAUCAUAUCCAUAUGGUGUCGCCUUGGCAAGUCAAUGGAAAUGCCCUAGAAUAUACUAUUGCACAUCCUGAUGUGGAUCGUCUUCGCUUGCUCAAAGGCGCUGCGCUUGGGCUGGAGUAUCUCCACAAUUGCAAUAUCGUGCACGGAAACGUCAAAUGCGCUAACAUUCUGGUGUCCGCAAGCAGCGAGGCUCGCAUAUGCGAUUUCGGCAUGUCCAAGAUAAUCGAAGAGGUGACCGAACAAGCAGCAUCUGUAACACUGACAACUUCGGGUAGCGCCCGCUGGCUAGCACCCGAACUCAUUGAGGGAAACAUCACUUCUCCGACCAAGGCAACCGACUCAUACGCCUUUGCGAUGACCGCACUUGAACUUUUGACCGGCAAACAUCCGUAUGCCAAUCAGAAGCGCAAUGCCGCCGUCAUCCACGAGAAAGUAGUCAAACGAUUGCUCCCACCGCGACCACGGAACGAUGACGCGGACAAGUGGAUAAGCAACGACAUAUGGGCUUUGAUGCUGGCUUGUUGGCAGUCUGCUGAAGAUCGCCCUAGCUUGGCAGAUAUUCGAAGUCAUCUGGAAAGGAUUCACUCUGCUUAA